GGCGACUACAGUCCUCCGAGACUGAAGGCGGGGGGCAACGCAAAACCCAGCAGCCCCAAAUCUCUCCGGAGUCCCAGCAGCCCCCCAAAGCCCAGCAACAGUCUACGAAGACCCAGGAGCAAGUCCCAGCAGCAGAGGAGGCAGCGGACGGAAGGAGGAACCAGCAGUCCGGGCAGGAGUCCCGGCAGCGUCCCAGCAGUAGUCCCAGCAACAAUCCCGGCAGCAGUCCCAGUAGCGUCCCAGCAGUAAUCCCGGCAGCGUCCCAGCAGUAGCCCAGGCAGCGUCCCAGCAGUAGUCGCAGCAGCAGUCCUCUCAGCAGUAGCGGAGCCAGCGGACAGAGGGGAGGCCCAGCAGCCCCAGCCAGCCCCGCUGGUGGGCUGAGAGAGGGGAGUGAGUCCUGCUCAGUUCUCCAGACAUGCUGAGCGGAGCGUUGGGCAGCUCCUGGCGCUGGUGGGGCAUCUUUCUCCUCGGAGGGACAGGGUGGCUGUGUUGCUGCCUCGGGGCCCGGUGUCCCCCCGGCCAGUUCCCAGGUGGCUUCGGACAUCCCGUCAAAUGCUGCAACGAGUGUCGAACAGGUCAUCAACUGCCAUGCCCAGACACCAAGGAUCCUGACUGCAAGUGCCCUCCAGGCUCAUACUGCGGCAGUGAAGUCUGUCCAAAUUGUGUCCCGUUCUCAUGCAAAAAAGGAGAGGAGAUUCAGAGAGAAGGAAAAUUUGACUUCAGUUUUUCAUGCUCCCCAUGUCCCAGAGGGACCUAUUCCAAUGGUGACCCCGGCCGCUGCACCCCCUGGAUUGACUGCCAGACCUUGGGCUUCCUCACCGUGCAGCCAGGAAACAGUACACACAACACCCUAUGUGCACCGCCAGUCAUCCAGCAGCGGGACACCUUCACCUUAUCCAGCAUCUUCUUGCCCGUGCUGACUGCGGUGGCCAUCUUCAUCCUCAUCCUCAUCACCAUCUUCCUCCACCUAUAUAUCUGGCAGUUCAAGAACAAGAAAGUCCACAAGAUGGAAGACCAUGAGCCUUCCCUGGCUCCUCGCUCACCUGAUGAUGCCUACAGCUGCCAGUUCCCAGAGGAGGAACGUGGAGACAAGACGGCUGAGGAGAAGGCCCGGCUUGGCUCACUGUGGGUCUGAGCCAAGCGAUACCCACCCCUAGGACGAGGGAGAAAAACUGAGCCUGGGGGUGGGCAGAUGGUUGGGGAGCAUGGGGAGACCACUCUCCUGCUGGUGAUAUCUCCCUUUUCUCCCCUGGGGCACCAGGACUUUGAGCCAACCGGGCGAGGGCACUGGGGUGGAGGGACUCUGCUCAGAGGGUGGGGAAGGGCAAUUGUUCAGCAGACUGAGGGGCCAGUUGGAAGGAUGGAUGGCAGUGGCUCAAGACUGGUCCACCCACCCCAGGGGUUUGGGUGAGGCCGCAGAUGCCCCCUGUAUCCCUGGCAGUGGGGAGGGGCUGGGAAUGGCAGGGCUUACCUCCGACCCCGGGUCCCUAAAGGAGAAACCACAGGAAGGCCUCUGCAUCCAGCUGGAGCCCCAUGGACUGUCCCUCACCCAAAUAUGCUGCAGGAAGACCCCCUACCCCGGGACACUUGGAAAGAGUCGAUGUCACUCAUACCUCACUGGGCCACGCUGGCCUGCUUCUGCACAGUGCAGGGGUGACUAUCCCCAUGACCCCUCCCUCCUACACCCCCCCUACCCCAGGCUGUGCCACUUAGUAAAUGCAUUUAGGCAGCCGGGGAGUAUG